CUAACGACUUCCGCUUUGGGCCGUCAACAUGGACGCUGCGGCUGCUUGGCGAAGCGGCCUCUGAUCGGUUGCGGAGGCGCAGCUUCUCUGCGGAGGCCUCCCCGCUUCCCCGCCCUCCCCGCCUCUCCCCCGCCCCUCUCUCCAGUCCCUGGGGCCGGCGGGCUCGUUGCUACAUGGGGGCGGGCCUCCGCGGCCGGCUCACGGCUUCCUGUUCGGAGGCGGCCUGGCGGUAGGCGGCGGCGACUCUGCCCGCGCCCACUUCGGCGCGGUGACCGAGCGCCCGGGAAGCUCGAGGGCUUCAUAUUGUGCCGCUGCACCAAGCCCGGCCCUGCGCCGCCAUGGCCCCAGUGCAACUGGAGAACCACCAGCUGGUCCCUCCCGGAGGCGGUGGCGGGGGCAGCGGCGGUCCCGCCUCAGCCCCGGCGCCUCCUCCUCCCGGAGCUGCCGUGGCGGCGGCAGCUGCAGCUGCGGCCAGCCCCGGCUACCGGCUGAGCACCCUUAUCGAAUUUCUGCUGCACCGGGCCUACUCGGAGCUCAUGGUGUUGACGGAUCUACUGCCAAGGAAAUCUGAUGUGGAAAGGAAAAUAGAAAUAGUGCAGUUUGCUAGCCGGACACGUCAACUCUUUGUUCGAUUAUUAGCUUUAGUAAAAUGGGCUAAUAACGCUGGCAAGGUGGAAAAAUGUGCGAUGAUUUCAAGCUUUUUAGAUCAGCAAGCCAUUCUGUUCGUGGACACUGCUGAUCGCCUGGCCUCAUUAGCUAGAGAUGCCCUAGUCCAUGCACGCCUGCCUAGUUUUGCCAUCCCGUAUGCCAUUGAUGUACUGACUACUGGAUCUUACCCACGACUGCCCACCUGCAUUAGGGAUAAAAUUAUUCCUCCAGACCCGAUUACCAAGAUUGAGAAACAAGCCACACUUCACCAGCUCAAUCAGAUUCUUAGACAUAGGCUUGUGACCACAGAUCUCCCUCCUCAGUUAGCCAAUCUUACAGUUGCAAAUGGCCGGGUGAAGUUUCGAGUUGAGGGAGAAUUUGAAGCCACCUUGACCGUGAUGGGAGAUGAUCCGGAUGUACCAUGGCGUCUUCUCAAGCUAGAAAUUCUAGUUGAGGAUAAGGAAACGGGAGAUGGGCGAGCCUUGGUUCAUAGUAUGCAAAUCAACUUUAUCCAUCAGCUGGUGCAGUCUAGACUCUUUGCUGAUGAAAAACCUCUUCAGGACAUGUACAACUGCCUACAUUCAUUCUGCUUGUCGCUUCAGUUAGAAGUGCUACAUUCCCAAACUCUAAUGUUAAUCCGAGAGCGGUGGGGAGACCUUGUACAGGUGGAAAGGUACCAUGCUGGCAAGUGCCUCUCCCUGUCAGUUUGGAAUCAACAGGUUCUUGGGAGAAAAACAGGGACGGCAUCUGUUCACAAAGUUACAAUUAAAAUUGAUGAAAAUGAUGUCUCUAAGCCUUUACAGAUUUUUCAUGAUCCUCCUUUGCCAGCUUCUGAUUCCAAAUUAGUAGAAAGAGCCAUGAAGAUUGAUCACUUAUCAAUAGAAAAGCUCCUGAUUGACAGCGUCCAUGCACGAGCUCAUCAGAAGCUCCAGGAGCUGAAGGCCAUUCUGAGAGGCUUCAAUGCCAACGAAAACUCUUCCAUAGAGACUGCACUUCCAGCUCUUGUCGUUCCCAUCUUGGAGCCCUGCGGUAACUCGGAGUGUCUACACAUUUUUGUAGACUUGCAUUCUGGAAUGUUUCAAUUGAUGCUUUAUGGACUUGACCAGGCCACGCUGGAUGACAUGGAGAAGUCUGUGAACGAUGAUAUGAAACGAAUUAUUCCUUGGAUUCAACAACUUAAGUUUUGGCUUGGACAACAGCGUUGCAAACAAUCUAUAAAACAUUUGCCUACAUUAACCAGUGAAACAUUGCAGCUGUCCAAUUACUCAACCCAUCCUAUUGGAAACCUUUCUAAGAAUAAGCUGUUCAUUAAACUUACCCGUCUUCCACAGUACUACAUUGUUGUGGAGAUGUUGGAGGUCCCCAAUAAGCCCACACAGCUGUCAUACAAGUACUACUUCAUGUCUGUGAACGCUGCGGAGCGUGAGGACGCCCCUGUGAUGGCGCUCUUGCUGCAGCAGUUCAAGGAAAACGUCCAGGAGCUGGUUUUUCGCACAAAAUCUGGGAAACCACCUAAAACCGGCACCAAGCGCAAGCUGUCUGAUGAUCUGUGUCCAGUAGAACCUAAGAAAACCAAACGAUCAGGAGAAAUGUGUGCCUUCAAUAAAGUUCUAGCUCACUUUGUUGCUAUGUGUGAUACAAAUAUGCCAUUCGUAGGACUUCGGUUGGAGUUGUCCAAUCUGGAGAUUCCCCAUCAGGGAGUGCAGAUGGAAGGUGAUGGCUUCAGCCACGCAAUACGCUUACUGAAAAUUCCUCCCUGUAAGGGUGUGAAUGAGGAAACCCAAAAGGCUUUGGACCGCUCUCUCCUUGAUUGCACUUUCCGAUUGCAAGGUAGAAAUAACCGCACGUGGGUGGCAGAGCUAGUGUUUGCAAAUUGCCCACUUAAUGGCACUUCUACCAGGGAGCAAGGGCCAUCCCGGCAUGUUUAUCUGACAUAUGAAAACCUGCUGUCCGAACCAGUUGGUGGUAGAAAAGUUGUUGAAAUGUUCCUUAAUGACUGGAAUAGCAUUGCACGAUUAUAUGAGUGUGUGUUGGAAUUUGCACGUUCUCUACCAGGUACGUGCGAUGAUCUUCCUUUUGUCGGGGGGAAGCCCCCCCUUCCUUUUUUUAACUGAAGAAGUAAAAGAUGCACAUUAUAAAAAAAAAAAAAUUCUUUUUUUUUCAGGAGAAUGUC